AUGGCCAGCGGAGACGAGCGCAUGGAGGUUUCGGACGCGGAGGCCAACGCGACCUUCGAACUGCAACACGAGGACCACACGCUGGCCAACGCCGCCCGCUUCAUGCUGAACAAGAAUCCACACGUGCAGUUCGCGGGGUACAGCAUGCCGCACCCGUCGGAGCCGGUGGUGAACAUCCGCGUGCAGACGACGGGGGAGGUCACGGCGACGGAGGCGUUCCGGCAGUCGCUGCAGGACCUGACGGCGUGUUGCGCUGCCCUGAGGGAGGCGUUCGACGCCAAGGUGCGGGAGAAGCAGGCCAGCGCGGACGCGGGGCGAUAG